AUGGCUGCUGUAGACGCUGUGGCCAGGGGAGAGCCGCAGGAGCCCAGCCAGGGCUCCAAGGGCCUGGCCUCUCCAGACCCGAUGCAGAACUGGUACCAGAGCCUGGCGCUGGGGAAGAUCUAGUGCCUCAGCUUCGUCAUGGACUGCACCCUGGCUGCCUACCAGUCCCCUGCCUUCGAGGCACUGUCCUUUGAGCUGCUGGAGCGCCUGGUUUGCACUGGGUACCCACAUGAGUUCCUGCGCUACUCCUACGACCCCUCCUUCCCCACCAGGGGACUGGUGUUUGACGCACUCUAUGGGAAGCUGCUGAAGGUGCAUGGCUAUGGGGACAUGCUGGUGGCUGCCCAUGGCUUCACCCUCCUCUCAGAGUAAGGGAUGGGGUGGGGCUUUGACCCCAGCAAGUUCAUACAAAGGGAUGACCGUCAGCGCUACGUCCACAACACGCUCUUCAACCUGCCCGAAACCUAUGGCUGCCUGGUGGACGAUUUCGCUGGCUGCUCCCGAUACACCAACUGUGACACUGGCUAUCAGCAUGGGAACCUCUUCAUGUCCUUCCGAAGCCUCUCCCAGGAUGUGACUGAAGCUAUGAAUAACGUCCACCAGUCGGGCUGUCUCAAAGAGAGGACCCUGGAGAAAUACGUGGCGCAGGACGCGCGGAUCCCUGUCCUGCUCGGCAAGAUAAAGGAGGUUGGGAAGGUGUUUUUGGCCACCAACGGCAGCUACCAGUACACGGAUGCCAUCACGACUUACCUGUUUGCUGCUGGUGAGGCUGAGGACACAGCCAGGCCCUGGAGGUCCUGCUUCGACCAGAUUGUGGUGGACACACAGAAGCCCUGCUUCUUUGCAGAGGGGAUGGUCCUGAGACAGGUCAACACGAUAAUGGCAGGUGCUGAGGACUCGGGGAAGCUCCAUGUGGGCACUUACACUGGGCCCCCCCAGCACUGUGCUGCCCACUCUGGAGGCUCGUGAGACGUGGUGUGCGAGCUACUUGGGGUGCGGGGGAAGGACAUCCUGUACAUUGGGGACCACAUCUCUGGGGACAUCAUCAAAUCCAAGAAGCAGCAGGGCUGGCGGACUUGCCUGGUGGUUCCUGAGCUGUCCCGAGAGCUGGGCAUCUGGGCCCGAGAGAAGGAGAGGUCAGAGCGGCUGAAGAGCCUGGACACACACCUGCUGAUCUGUACCAAUAAGAGCUCUGGCCUCUCUGGGGGCCUUUCCCAACCCACCCAGCAUGGACUCACAAAUGUGCACACCCCAUCCCUGCACCCCCACUGGAUGCCUGUGGGUAUCCUUGCCCCUCCACAGCAGCCAGGGAGGCAUAUGUAUGGAAGCAUCUGUGGGCUGCAAAACAUCAACUCCAUCAAGAAGGAGAUUCAAAUGCCUCAUAAGACCAUCAUGGAGCAAGAACAGGCCAGUCUGGACCCGGCCUCCUGCUUGCUCUCCUGUAGGCAGAGGGCUGCAGGCCAAGAGGGCGCCGCGGACCGGCGGGCGGCGACGGCGACCCCGUCCUGGACUAGGGCUUGA